AUCAGAUUCAUCAACAACAUGGAACCCAGAAAUCACACAAAUGUUUCAGAAUUCCUUCUCCUGGGAUUGACAGAUGAUCCACAACUGCAACUCCUCAUCUCCAACUUUUUCCUGUUCAUGUACCUGGUCACCAUCCUGGGAAAUCUGCUCAUUGUCCUGGCUGUCAGCUCUGACUCCCACCUCCACACCCCCAUGUAUUUCUUUCUCUUCAAUCUCUCCUUCACUGAUAUUUGUAUAAGCACAACCACAAUUCCAAAGAUGCUGCUUAACAUACAUACUCAGAAUCAGGGCAUCACUUAUAUAGGCUGCCUCACCCAGAUUGGCUUUGUUCUGGUUUUUGGUGGAUUUGAGAAUUUUCUCCUUACAACAAUGGCCUAUGACCGCUAUGUGGCCAUUUGUCACCCCUUGAGGUACAUGAUUAUCAUGAAUCCCCAAUUCUGUGUCCUGCUGAUUCUUCUCUCUCUGUUUCUUAGCAUUAUGGAUGCCCUCCUCCACAGUCUGAUGGUGUUAAAGCUGUCCUUCUGCAAGGACCUGGAAAUCCCUCACUUCUUCUGUGAACUUGCUCAGGUCCUUAAGCUUGCCUGUUCUGAUACACUCAUCAAUAACAUCCUGAUAUAUUUUGUGACUGGCCUAUUUGGGGGUGUUCCUCUCUCUGGGAUCAUUUUCUCUUAUGCUCAAAUUGUCUCCUCUGUUUUGAGAAUGCCAUCAGCAAGGGGAAAGCUUAAUGCUUUUUCCACCUGUGGGUCUCACCUCUCAGUUUUGUCCUUGUUCUAUGGGACAGCUUUGGGAGUGUACAUUAGUUCUGCAGUUACUGACUUUUCCAGGAAGACUGCAGUGGCUUCAGUGAUGUACACUGUAGUUCCUCAAAUGAUGAACCCCUUCAUCUACAGCCUGAGGAACAGGGACGUGAAGGGAGCCUUGAGGAAUCUCAUCAGAGGGGGACCUUCUCUGUGA